AGCCAAUCCAAACGGGCUCUUAGGUGCGGAAGAGGAAGAGAUGUCAUUGGAAGCUAAAGCAGUAGGAGCACACUGUGGAAUUGCCGGAGCUAUGCCUCUCCAAUUCCCCACUCGCGUGUCGUUCCACAGUGCAGUUCCUCUGCCAACACGCCGAUUCCAACCGUUGGCCGUUGUUAAGAAAAGCCCUAAACGCCUUAAAUACUCCGCUCCUCGCUUAACUAAGGAAGAUGGAUUGCUGUAUGUUCAAGUUGAUCAAUUUGGGUUGGACUCGUGGAAGUUGGAUCCAGUUGUUGAACUUCUUAAAGGAGGAGCUGUUGGAGUGAUUCCCACUGACACCGUGUAUGCAAUAGUUUGUGACCUGAACAAUCGUUCAGCCAUUGAACGUCUUCGUAGAAUAAAAGAGAUAGAACCUUCAAAGCCCCUUAGUAUCAUAUGUCGAUCCUUCCGUGACAUAGAUACAUAUACAACUGGAUUUCCCCGUGGUAAUGCCCAAGGGCUUACAGAUAUUUUCCGAGCAGUCAAGCACUGUCUACCCGGUCCUUACACUUUCAUCUUAACUGCUAGCAAACAGCUACCAAAACAAUGCACGAGAUACGGGACUGCAGCUUCCAGAUAUGUUUCAAGGAAAAAGGUUGGUGUCCGCAUACCUGAUGAUCCUGUCUGUCAAGCAAUCUUAGAAAAGCUGGAUGGACCUCUGAUAUCCACAAGCGUCAAGUCACCAAAGGAGAACGAGUGGAUACUUGAUCCCGUCAUUAUAGCUGAUGUAUAUGGUCCAGAGGGACUUGAUUUUGUUGUUGAUGCGGGUCUUCGAGUGGCUGAUCCGUCUACCGUAGUUGAUAUGACUGAAAGUGUUCCUCGGAUUAUACGGCAGGGCAAGGGUCCUAAGCAGCCUUGGAUGCUAUCGGAAGAUGAUGAGUCUGCCUUAGAUGAAUAGAAUCCCAUUACUGCUGCUGUUUAAGUAAGAAAUACUACUGCUAAGAUUUACACUUGCUCAAGCCAGAGCUCUUGUACGGCACACAGAUAAGAUGAUGAAUCCCUUGUCGAUCUUGAACAGAGUCCAUUUAGUCUUCAUUACUGUAGAUUAGUGUAAAUACUCAAUGUGGUAGAUCAAGAAUCACAUGUACUGUUUAUUGUCUAAACUCUAAAGCAUGUACUGGUCAAUCUCUAUCAUUCCCAGAGCCUUAUGCCUCUA